UUUGAACAUGCAUCGUUUCUCGUUUACCAGGUAACACAUUAGUCUGUAAUCAUCUGCUGAUAAUAAAAAUGUAUUAGAAUUAAUAUAAAAUUGUUAGUUAUAUUCAUGAAAGAAUUGAAUAAUAUUUGCAAUUUACGAUGCUAAUAUCAUAAACAGCAACGGUGUGUUUUGAUUCCACGAAAUAAAGAUUCGAUACCUGCAGGUAAACAAACUUAUCUCUUGAGCGAAAUCGCGUGAUCUACACGGACACGGUGUGCACUCACUACCACCAACAAGCAAUAUUUAAUGCAAAACCGUACAUCGUAGCGCUAUCUAACCAUUGAAAAUAUUUAUCAACUUAAAAAAAGAAUCGGAUAGAAACACAUAGAACGUAUACCAUAAAAUGUAAUAACAAUCGGAGACUACGUCUCCACAAUAAAAAAGAAAGAGAAAUAAAAAUACAAAUUACAAUCCGAUCCACCCUUUCGACGAUAUCAAUGGCCGUACGAUACAAAGUUAUUAAUAAAAACUGUCGAUGGUUAACUGAUUCUUAUGCUACUACCGAUUUAAAACCUCGAGCAACGCGAAAUGUAGAAACAAAGGUCGAUUGGCGAACAAAACACGUGCGCAUCGCACAACUACGCGACACAAACCGCACAUGCUAGGCGAAGGCGAAACUCAAUUUAAUUCAAAUAAGUUAAUGCUAGCGCCAUCUAUCCACUAUCCACUUACUACUAGUGGAGGUUAACUAUAUUUAUUUAACUUCAAACAAAUUCGUCUAUCGUCUUCGAAGAAUCAAACCAACACAGGAUCAUCAGAAAAACAACAGAAAACCAUGUCCGCGACUUUCAAAAAUGCUAAACGCAAGCUGCCACAAGCCGAAUUAAGAAAGCUAAUGCAUGAGCACAAAUCCAAGGGUCAGCAAACAUCAAAAAUCAACUCACCACUUGCAAAAUAUAAUGAAACUGGUCAGCUCAUGUGCAUCCUGUGCCAAUCCAUAGUCAGAUCUGAUGCUGUCUGGAAGAUUCACCUCAAUGCAAAACAACACAAACAAAAUGUGGAGCAGGCAAAGGCUCUCAAGGAAAAAACCAACAACUUCACAACAGCAAAAAGAGCAUUAUCACCCACACCAGAAGUAAACAAUAAGAAAGUUAAGGGAAUUCUAAAAAAUACUGGAAAUAUUACACGAGUAAUAGCACCCAGCAACAUUACAGUCAUAGAAAAUGAUCAGAAAAUAGAAGAAAAACACAAAAAUCUGCAUCCAGGUAAUGAAAGAACAAACACACAUCCAGAUGGAGAAGAACUACCAGAAGAUUUCUUUGAUUCUGGACCCUCAAGUACUAAAAAAGCAAAGAAAUACAAACAAAAUACAAAUAAUACACAAAAUAUAGAGGAAAUGGAUGUCGAUGAAGUUCCUACAGAGCAAAUACCUGAAGGUUUCUUUGAUGAUCCUAAACUAGAUGCAAAGGCAAGAAAUAUUGAAUUUAAAGAUCCCAUAGAAGAAGAAUGGGAGCGAUUCCAGAAAGAAAUCAAAGAUGCAGAUCAUGCAUCUGCAGCCAUUAUUGCUGAAGACCAAGAAGAAGCCACAACUGAAAGACAAAUUGAUGAAAUCGAGGAACAAAUGAAAAACUGGUCCCGGGUUGUAAACUUAGAAAAGAAAAAGAUUGAAAUCAUUCAACAAGUUAGCGAUAUUCACAUGAAUGUGAAAGAAGAAGAUGAAGACAGUAGCAGUGACGAUAUUGACAUAGAUGAGUUUCUUGACUGGAGGUCUAAACGUGCAUAAUUUACACUAUUUAGGAUAUUUUUAUAAUGUAUGUAAAGAAGUUAAAAUUAAAGAAAUUAUAAAUAAAAA